AUGCUCCCAGCUGCUCUUUUCACACCUCCGGAUAUCUGGUGCCAAAUCGUCGCCCGUUUCCUUAUUUCUUUGAUAAUAGAGUUGGCUAUUUUUGUGGCAUCGAUUGUACAAGGAGUGCAGAAUCAACUAGGGUUAACCUCCGAGGAACGCCUCAUGCUAGCCAAUCUCAGGGUCAGAGCUGCACCGAAGAACAGUUAUUAUCGACUCGAUGGCUCUGAUCCGCGUGAAUCAGACGGUGAGUUACUGGUUCUUGAAUGGGAAUCCCGAGCACCAAAGAGCAGAGUAAUCCUGCUCGAGAUAGGACCAGCGACUGGCCUUGCUCCGAGCGAUAUCCGAAGUAUGGUUCGCUCGCUAGUUAUAUGCUUAACACAUGCAUCUGAGGUCAGAGGUGCCGCUAAGGUGAACGCUCAGCCUCAACUCUGA